GGGAGACCCGGAUACAGUGAAUGCAGGGUCCGGGGAGACCAGAUAUAGUGAAUGCAGGGUCCGGGGAGACCAGAUAUAGUGAAUGCAGGGUCCGGGGAGACCAGAUAUAGUGAAUGCAGGGUCCGGGGGGAGAAAAGAUAUAGUGAAUGCAGGGUCCGGGGAGAAAAGAUAUAGUGAAUGCAGGGUCCGGGGAGACCAGAUAUAGUGAAUGCAGGGUCCGGGGAGACCAGAUAUAGUGAAUGCAGGGUCCGGGGAGACCAGAUAUAGUGAAUGCAGGGUCCGGGGAGACCAGAUAUAGUGAAUGCAGGGGUCCGGGGAGACCGGAUAUAGUGAAUGCAGGGUCGGGGGAGACCGGAUAUAGUGAAUGCAGGGUCCGGGGAGACCGGAUAUACAGUGAAUGCAGGGUCCGGGGAGACCGGAUAUAGUGAAUGCAGGGUCCGGGGAGA